AUGUCUUCACGUCGUUUUCAGAAUUCCGCUGACGCCCAAUUCAAUGACAAUUGGGAUCGUCUAGCUCAGGCUAUUCGUGAAAUUCAUAAAAAAAAUGCGUCGAUCCUAAGUUUUGAAGAACUUUAUCGUAAUGCAUAUAACAUGGUGCUUCAUAAAAAUGGAGACAAAUUAUAUAAUGGUGUAAGAGAAGUCAUUACGCAGCACCUGGAAGAAGUUGCUGUCUCACAAGUAGUACCUGCAUUCCCUCUUUCAGGUGCAAGUAGUUCACAAACAAACCCUAAUGGAGCUGGUGGUGCAAAUUUCUUGAAAGUUUUAAAAACUGUUUGGGAGGACCAUACUACAUGUAUGCUUAUGAUUAGAGAUAUUUUAAUGUAUAUGGAUCGGGUUUACGCAAAAACUGCAAACGUUCCUCUUGUUUACGAUCUCGGAUUGGAUCUAUUUAGAGACACAAUCGUCCGAUCACAGAAUUAUCCAAUUCAGAAUCAUCUUCUUGAAGUACUUUUACAGCAAAUUAAGCUUGAACGAGAGAAUGAAAUUAUAGAUCGUACUAAUGUGAAAGCAUCAAUUGAUAUGUUACUGGAGCUGACUGACGCGUCGACUAAAGAUACAGUUUAUGCAACUGAUUUCGAAAAUAAGUUCUUGGAAACAAGUUCGGAAUAUUAUAGAGUUGAAGGGCAAAUGCUUGUAGGAGAAUAUGAUGCUCCAGAAUAUAUGAAAAAGGUAGAUAAGCGACUGAAUGAAGAAGAGCAGCGCGUACGUCAUUAUCUUUCACAAACCACAGAACCAAAGAUUCGUAAUAUUGUAGAGGAAGAGUUAAUUUCAAAACAUCUUAAGACAGUAAUUGAGAUGGAAAAUUCGGGUUUAAUUCCUAUGUUAAGGAAUGAAAAAAUGGAUGAUCUUGGAAGGAUGUAUAAAUUGUUCGGGCGAGUUGUAAAAGGUCAUGAUGAAAUGAAAUCUGCUAUUAGUGAUUAUAUACGUGAACUUGGUAAAGCGAUUAAUGAAACAGUAACAAGUAAUACAACUGCCGAAGGUGGUAAUGCUGCGUCUGGUGAUAAGCAAACGGGAGCCACUGUUGCUGUAAGAUGGGUACAGGAGGUUCUAGACCUUAAAGACAAAUUCGAUAAAGUUCAGAAUUUAGCUUUAUCUAAUGAUAAAGCAUUUCAAACAUCAUUUAAUGAGGCUUUUGAAUAUUUCAUUAAUAAGAAUUCAAAGUCACCCGAGUUUAUAUCAUUGUUUAUUGAUGAUAAUCUCAAAAAAGGAUUAAAGGGGAAAACGGAAGAAGAAGUUGAUAGUGUAUUAGACAAAACUAUUACAUUGUUCCGCUUUAUUGGAGAAAAGGACGUUUUUGAGCGAUAUUACAAACAACAUUUAGCUAAGCGUUUAUUACUUGGGCGCAGUGUUAGCGAUGAUGCAGAAAGGGGUAUGAUAGGUAAACUCAAGGUUGAGUGCGGUUAUCAAUUUACUACAAAACUAGAGGGAAUGUUCAAUGAUAUGAGAAUAUCAUCCGAUACAAUGACAGAUUUCAAGGAAUACUUGGACAAAUCUGUUUUAGAAAAACCUAAAUUAGAUUUAAGUGUAACUGUUCUUACAUCAACGUUUUGGCCAAUGAACCUAUCAGCAAGUCCAAGAUGUAAUUUACCGCCAGAAUUAACAAAAGCUUGUGGUACCUUCCAAAAUUUUUAUUUAGGUCGACAUAGUGGUCGUAGAUUAACAUGGCAAUCGAAUAUGGGCACAGCAGAUAUUCGAGGUUCAUUCAAAGCACGUAAACAUGAAUUGAACGUAUCAACGUAUCAAAUGGUUAUCUUACUUAUGUUCAAUGAUAAACAGGAUGGAGAGUCUCUAUCGUAUGAGCAAAUCAAAGGUGAAAGUGAUAUUCCAGAAGCUGAUCUCAAACGUAAUCUUCAAUCAUUGGCUUGUGCUAAGUACAAAAUCCUUGUUAAAGAACCUAAAGGAAAAGAAAUCAAUCCUGGAGAUCAAUUUAAUUUCAAUAAUGAUUUUACAGCACCAUUGCAACGUAUUAAGAUUCAAACUGUAGCUAGUAAAGUAGAAAGUGAAGGCGAAAGAAAGGAAACACGAGAAAAAGUAGAAGAGGCUAGAAAACAUCAAACAGAAGCUGCUAUUGUAAGAAUUAUGAAAGAUAGGAAGACUAUGGAACAUAAUCUUUUGAUUGCAGAAGUUGUAAAACAACUACAAUCAAGAUUUAUGCCAAAUCCAGCGUUGAUAAAGAAGAGAAUUGAGGCGUUAAUUGAACGAGAAUAUUUGGAAAGAGCCACGGGAGAUAGGCGAGUAUAUAAUUAUCUAGCGUAA